CUGAUUGAACGGGGAGGAGCCGUGAAACUUGGCUGCGCACAGUUUAUUCCGAGGCUCGUGACCACGUUUUUUUUUUUUUUUGCUUUUUUCUUGCCAUCAUUUCAUUUUCGACCACGCCAAGGUCGUGUCCGUUGUCAAGUGAGAGCGGGGAAACGACGCAAACGCGCCGCUGAAGGGGCCUCUGAAGAGACGACUUGCUGUGCGUCGCAAUGGGAAGCUGGAAGAAUCACGUGCGCGCUCGACUGCAGCAGAGAGACCAAACGGAGAAACUCCCCCAUGUUGGCGUUUUCACAAGCUUGUCUCAAAUGGAAGAACGUUUUGAAAUUCGCAAACACAUUUUGGAUGAUGUUCAGUCAAAGAGUUCAGAACUAGGUGGAGUUGAAGUUGGGAAAAACACCAGACUCCUUCAGCUCCAGCUGAGGGAGAGCGAACACCUGGCAGAAAAGCUUUCUCAGACUGUCUCUGACCUGACAACCGUCCUCUAUCUGAAAGAGGCUGAACUGCAGUACUGGCAGUCACGUGUGUCCCAGUACCGUCAAGAGGCACUUACUCUGGCUAAAGGGAGUAACACCCUAAAGGCGACCCUUUCAGAAUUUGAAUUCACCUUAGAGUGUCAAUCCAAAGAGUUGGCAGCCGUGCAAGCAGAGCAGAAAGGACUUAAGGAAGCGUUAGCACAGUCUUGGAGAGAGAAAGAGGAACUCUUGCAACGAUGGAUGAAGGAGAAGAGGGAGGAGGCAGACAGGUUGAAUAAGUACAACGACACACAGGAAAGGUGGCAACGUUUGGCCAAACAGCUGAAGAAGCACCUCCAUAGGGACAUGGGAAAAGAGUAUGCCCCCCCAGCGACGAGCCCCUGGAGUGGUACAACAAACUCAGUCAUUCAGAGGAUCAGUAACACAACAGACAUACACCAGGGGCACUCAGACCACUACAAAGUCUCAACUGUGGCAAAUGUCUAAUAUUCCCAUGGGAUCCUGGAGAUGACAUUUCAUCAGUGCUUGUAGUUGAAAAAGUAAUUGCCCAUACAGUGAGUGGUGCUGGAACUAUGACCAAGGAGUAACUCUUUGCAGCUACAAGUGUGAGGACAAAUGGUUUCCUAUUUGUAUCUGGUUUUUUGUUAUUUGUUUUUUAAGCUAAAAAGUGAUUUAAAGAUCCACCAUAUCCUCUAGAUAUAUUGUUAAAUUUAGACUUGGUCAAAGUGCCUAAUUUUACAUCCACUGCUUUAACUAAAGUCGCCAUUUUCUCAAGCAAUGUCUGUUGUUAACUUAUCACAUCUGGAAAGAAUUUCUAAAAUCCCUCCAGUUCUACCAAUUGACGUGAUAAACCACUGAAACCAUUUUUCAGUCAGGGCUUGGUAUUAGUGAACAUGUGCCUGUUCCAACUUUUAACUUUGUUUAUUUACGCAGAAAAUCAUGUAAAUCAUUUUUACUUCUUAGGUCAAAAAGUGUGUUUGAAAAGAAUUUGAAUAACCUGAGAUCUUUAAAGGUAAUUUUUUAAUAUAUUUUAAAAUAACAUCUCUUAUUUAAAAUGGAAAGUCAAUUUCUGAUGAAUAUGUUACUGUAUAUGAAUUGUUGUGAUAAAUAAAGUUACUUAAAUGCCAAUUUUUUUUGUUAAGUGAA